CCGGGCAGGCGGCGAAGGCGGCGGCGGCGAAGAGCGCGAGUGGCAGGCGGCGGCAGAAGGAGCGGUAGCAGCGAAGCGCCCGCUUGCAGCCCGGAGCUCUCGCAGGUAAGCCGCCCCGCGUGGACGCUGGCACGCCAAGAUGCUAGAGGGAUAUGGAUUCCGGUGGAGGUGGGGGGUCCCGACCUCGUGGUGUAGGGACGACACCCCCUUCCUCCCUGCGGGGACACUCCCUUCCCCCUCGCCUUCCCCUUGGGCGCGCAAGGCAGCGCGCUCUUUGGGGGCCGCGGAGGGUGGGGUCUCUCCCCUUUGCAGCCGAAGACGGUGGGGGGAGCGACCUCCUUUUCAGCCCAGCCAUCUAAGCUGCAAGGAAUGCGACUCCCCCCUCCCUCUCCCCCUUCUCUCCCAAACCACCGCAAGUUUCUUUCUUCUCCGUCUAGAUUUUACAAGGGGUGGGGUGGCGAGGAUGAGCAGGCGCGCAAAGGACUCCUAGUCUUUACCGCUAGUUCUCAAGACGAAGCCUUUCUCUUUUGGUUCACCCGUGGGAGGCUGGGCUAGAUGGGCCUUUGCACGAUCCAGCUGCUUCAGGGCUGGUCUUUAGGGUCUUCCCUUCAUCCCUCCUCCCACUCUGUGAACCAGGCCUGCCAGAGUCCAUGCUCCUCUCACCUGCAGUACUCAAUGUAAGAUGAUGAUGGCUUUUGUUUGUUUGCAAACGGGUCGAUUUGGGCUGAUUUCUGGCAUUGGUCCUGAUUCUGUAAUCCUAUUGCAUUUUGUUGUAACUCUUCCGCCUUUGACUGAGGCUGCAAAAUUGGCAUCUGCCCCAUUUCCCUCCAGCUUUCUCCCAACCAGCCAGUUCCUCAGCUGACACUGGCUUAGGAAAGGAAGGGUAAAGUAAAGCCAGGGAGGGGGCAGCUGUGGGGAAGGGAGGGUCACUUAAUUGCCCUGAUCCUUCUUUAAGACAUUUUGCAAAGGUGUCUCUGUUAGCAUUGCGAGGAAUUUCUGGAAUUUGCUGGGGGCACCUGCUGUCAAUAUCUGAAAAGUCGCUGAAGCAGCCAUAAACUCUUGUAGUUGCUCCUCCAAGAGGAUGCUUUGUGUUCACCCAGCGAAUGAGGGCUGUGUCAUUUGAUUGAUGAAUCAGUUAGUUUAAUUAAGAGGGUCCCCAAACUGUGAUCCCAUAUCUGAGAAGAAGCAGCGGUUGUUCUUAGGACCUGGUGGUCCAUUCAGAAGAUGAGUGGGAAGGGCGAGUAUUGACAGAGGGAAGAGUCCGCACUUGAGAGGAGUGGAGAGGAUUAGCAGCAAAGUCAAUGGGAGGCUAGAAUUAAGACGUUUAAUCUUGAUUCAAUUAAUAAUCAUACAGCAUCUAGUGCAGCUCAUUACAAUUGCUACAACAGGCAUAAAAACCAUUAAGGCCCUCAGCAAUUUUCAAGUGGACUGUUGAGUGGGGGGAGUUUGGGAACCACUUGUCUAAUAGAUUGUAAGGUUCUGAUUAACUUUAAAAAAAAAGCACCAGAUGCUCAUGCGUAACUGCGUAAUUCAAGUACUUAGAGACUUUAGAUGGUAGAGGCCACCUUAGCAAUGCAAGAGGAACCCCCCAGCUUGGUCAGGCUAGAAGCCCAUCUAGUCUAGCAUGCUGUUCUCACAGUGGCCAACCAAAUGCCCCACUGGGAAGUCCACAAACUGGACAUGAGUGCAACGGUUGCUCUCCCUGCUUACAAUACCCAGCCUCUGCUAUUCAGAAAUGUACUGAAUAACUCAGUUGGUUAGAGUGUGGUGUUGAUAACACCAAGGUUGCAGGUUUGAUUCCCAUAUGGGACGGCUGCAUCUUCCUGCAUUGCAGGGGGUUGGAUUUGAUGAUCCCACUCGUACCAUCCUGUGACAGCAGAGGCAAUAGCCUCCUCCUCUAUUUAUUUGUUGGAUCCUCUUCUAAAGCCAUCCAAGUUGGUGGCCAUUUCUACACCUGGUCAGAGUGGAUUUCUUAAGAGCAUAAGGCAAACCUUGAUGAUGGCUCAGACCAGCGGCCCGUCUUACCCAGCAUAUUCUUGUGCAGUGUCCAACCAGAAGCCUUGCAGUCAGGACCUGAGCUCAGCAGCACUCUCCUCACUCGUGCUUCUGGGCAACUGGUGCUCAGAGAUGGCCUGUCUCUGAACAUGAAGGUUCCAUAUGGCCACCAUGGAUGGGAACAGAAGAAGAAGCCCCAUAGUCAGGCCAAUGGCCCGUCUAGUUCAGUGUUGUCUACACUGACUGGCAGAAGCAGUGUAGGUUCUACCAGCCCUCCCUGGAGAUUGAACCGGAGACAUUCUGCAUGCACAGCAGAUGCUCUGCAACUGACCUUGGUGCUUUGUCUAAUAGCCAUCAACAGACCCCUCUGUCAUGGAAGAGUAGAACUUCCAUGGAAGAGUAGAAGAGAAGGAAAUGCUUUUACUCAUAAACAGAAAGAUCCAUGGGUUAAAGCACAUGCAAUUCACUGGCUAGGCUUUCAUCUGGAUGUCCAUGGAAUUUCAGGUGUUCUCUGUACUCUGUAGUGCAUAUGAUGCAUUAAUUGGUUUCAUUUCCUUCAUAUACCACCCUGACCCUAAAGUCCAGUGCACAAUACUAAAAAUGCAAUCCAUAAGUAGAACACCUAAAAACUGCAUUUUUCCUUUAAAAAAAAACAAUACAACAAGGCUACAUAGUGAAAGAAAUGUUGAAUCCCAGGUCAAUAAAAGUGUGGGGGACAGCCACACGUCUCAGGGGAAGGAAUUUCACAUAAUAAUAAUAAUAAUAAUAAUAAUUUGGUACCCUGCCCAUCUGAAUGGGCUGCCUCAGUCACUCUGGGUAUGGUUGUUGGGAGAUGGACAGCUGAAAUCUGUUUAAAAUUCGACACUGUGUGGUGGAAGUGCAUUUGCACCGGGUGUGUUGUUUAGGGAGUGGGUAGCGCACCCCUCCCAGGUUUCAUACUGAUAACCACUGAGUCACAACUGCCAUACCAAAUUAAACAGGCCUGGAUCCAAAGGACUUGGAUCCAAAAGCACACAUCCAAUUGCUUCAGUAAAAAGGACAACACUCUCCCAUGUCUUGAUAGCCUACGUAAAAAGCAGCCUGCGUCUUUCUUGGUCACGCUCUAGUGUGACCGAGUAAACGGCCUCCAGGAUGGUGCUGUUCAGAGAGGAGCCCCUUUUAAGAUUCCAGGCUGCCCUGUGAGAAUGAAUUUGCUCCAGAGGUGACAUGUGUGACUGUAAGAAGUGGGUGUCCCCAAUGAGCGUGUUCAGCUCCUUCUCCCAGGGAUGCACCCUUUAAUUUUCUCCUCUGGCACCUUGGGAGGACAGUAAGGUGCUGUGCUCAGGGACAGCACAGCAACUUUUCCAGCUGCCAAUAAAGACCCCACAGGCAGUCCCGCCCCACGGGGUUCUAGCAAUGCACAAACCCGCCCUCACCUACCCCAGCAGGCACUUUGGUUCUGAAUGGAAAGGAGAAAAUAGCCACAGCGAUCGCUCUCUUCCAACCCCAACAGCCAUUUAAUCGCUCAAAAAGAAGGCGGUUGAAGUUGACUUGCUGACACACACCCACCCGAGGACCCUGGUUUGCUUUGGCAUUCGCUGUUUGGGCUUUGUUUGCAAUUCUCCCACAGCAGAGGAUGCCCCCGCACCUUUUAAAAGAACUACGGAUAAACUUCCUGCCGCGAAUUGCUUUGAAGGGCUUGCGUUAGAUGAACCUUGGGGUCCCUUCUAACACCACAUUCCUAUGAAUGUGGCCUCCUUGCUUCUCACUUCCUGCCAACGGUUCAUUUCGGAGUGCCUGGGGCAGACUGGGGCAGUGCAUCUAACCUGGCAUCAUCAACCAGGAGGGGUGAGCAGGUCUCCCUCCUUCCCUCCCUCCCCAAAUCUCCUGGAAUCUGACUUCCCUUCCCAGGAAGGGUCAAGUAAAGGUAAAGGGUCCAGUCACGGAUGACUCUGGGGUUGCAGCGCUCAUCUCACUUUACUGGCCGAGGGAGCAGGAGUACAGCUUCCAGGUCAUGUGGCAGCAUGACUAAGCCGCUUCUGGCGAACCAGAGCAGCACACGGAAACGCCGUUUACCUUCCCGCCAGAGCGGUACCUAUUUAUCUACUUGCACUUUUGUGCUUUCGAACUGCUAGGUUGGCAGGAGCUGGGACCGAGCAACGGGAGCUCACCCCAUCGCAGGGAUUUGAACCGCCGACCUUCUGAUCAGCAAGCCCUAGGCUCUGUGGUUUAACCCACAGCACCACCCACGUCCCUAGGAAGGGUCAGAGCUACUGUUAAAUCGUGCCAUGCAGGGGGUUGCACUCGAUGGCCCUUGGGUCCCUUCCAACUCUACAAUUCUAUGGUUCUGUGCUUGUUGAUCAUCUUAAAGCCACUGUGUGGUCGUAGGACCAUAGGAAGCUGCCUUAUGCUGAGUCAGAGCAUUGGUCCAUUGAGCUCAGUAUUGUCUACCCUGACUGGCAGCAGUGGCUUUCCAGGGUUUCAGGUAGGGGAUAUUUCUCUGCCCAACCUGGAGAUGCCAGGGAUUGAACCUUCUGCAUGCAAAGCAGGUGUUCUGCCACUGAGCUAAAGUCUCUCCCCUAAAAAUAAAGUAAGGUCCUCAUCCUCAAGGGUUUGAAUAAUGUGCUGAAUUAAAUAGGAUUGCUGGUCUAUCCAGCUCAGUUCAGACUCUCCAGAGCAGGGGUCAGGAAACUUUGUCAGCAGGGGGCUGGUCCACUGUCCCUCAGACCUUGUGGGGGGCCGGACUAUAUUUUGGAAAAAAAUAUGAAUGCAUUCCUAUGUCCCACAAAUAACCCAGCAAUGCAUUCUAAAUAAAAGCACACAUUCUACUCUAAUUCCCGGAUCGUCUGCAGGCCGGAUUUAGAAGGUGAUUGGGCCGAAUCCAGCCCCCGGGCCUUAGUUUGCCUACCCAUUCUCCAGAGUUUUUCCCAGCCCUGCCUUGAGAUGCCAUUGAGGACUGAACCCAGGACCUUCUGCAUUCAAGACAGAUGCUCUACUAGUGAGGUUUGGCCCUUCCCCAAAAGCACUCCCCCUGUCCAGUUUUGAGCAUUGAUUUGUGCACCUAUAUUAUUUAUUUAUUUAUUUAUUUAUUACAGUCUUAUCCUGAAAAAAAAAAAAAGGCCCCAAGCCAGGUAGAAACUAAUCUAGAUAAUCUGUUUUGGCGCAGGUUUUGCCACUGAAGCAUCUUGUCCGAAAAUGCAGUACUGGGAACUUGCAGAAAAUUAAUUAGUUAAGAUCAAGCAGUGCUAGGGAGGGCUUUUUUGUGUGUGUGUGGAGAUCCCACUGCUGUUUCUUUCAAGCUUCGCUGGUGUUCCUCCCUCUCUUAAGGAGGCAUUUAUCACCCUCACUGCCCACUCAGCCAGCCCUGCCUCUGGCUGCCCUGCGAGCAUCCAAGAGGGAGUGAUUUAUCAGCGCUGUGUCUUGCAAAUUGGUUGCAGCAGGCCACUGUGCCAUCUCUCCCCACCACCACAACCCCCCGCCCCCCUGCAACAAUCUUCCCUGAGGGCCCAGAUGUAAAAAAAGGCCUUUUACAACUUGGAAGAGCUCUGCUGAAUUUGGUGGGGUUCGUUUGAUGUGGCACUAACCCUUCUUCUUUAACCUCGGAGCUGAGAAAAUGCUCUGUGGGUCUCAAAAACUCGGCCUUUGUUUCCUGAUUGAUUUGUCUGCUUUACUUGCGGCUUCUAAUAGAGGGAAUUUGAAGCUGUCUCCACCUGGGUUUUUCCCUGGUGGGAUUAUAGAAUUGUAGGGUUGGAAGGGACCCCAAAGGACCAUCUAGUCCAGCCCCCUGCAAUGCAGGAAUCACAGCUGAAGAAUCCCUGACAAAUGGCCACCCAACCUCUGUUUACAAGCCUCCAACGAAGGAGAGGCCACCACCUUCUGUCCCACUGUCCGACAGUCAGAAAGUUCUUCCUAAUGUAAAUUGGGCAGUGAGAUCAUGGCCAGGCUAAAAUAUUUUGCUGCCUGAGGCGGAGCAGCAAGUGUCACUAUACACCCAUACAUGGUGCACAGUGUCCCUGAGCAUGCGCAGAGUUGACUUUCAGGGCUCAUUUCUUAUCAGAUCUGUAGGUAGAUCAAACAUAAUAUCUACGCUACUAUCCCCCCCCUCUUUUUCCCAUAAGACCACAGAUGAGGCAGGAGCUGAAUGUUUGCUCUAAAGGGCAGCAUAUCCUUCAGGUUUAUAUAUCCUUUAUCUCCCCUUCCCUCUAUUAUUACUAUUAUUAUUAUUAGUAGUAGCGUUAGUAUUAUUUUGCUUUGCUUGCAGAGCAGCUGGUUGCCUUAGAAACCACUGCCUCUAUGUGCUCUGGAGACCUUUUUUUAAAAAAAAGUUUAAAUAAUAUGUACAUAAUUGACCGUUCUUGUCAAUAGAUUGUGUGUGUGGAUUGGGCCCUUUGCCCACCCCCCAGAAAUGCAUGUUGGCACCCUAUAAUUCAGAGUCGGCCCUGACAGCACUGCUUCCCUCCCCCACCCCUCUGAAUGUCAGCCUCUGUUUGCAUCUAUAUACAUAUAUACUGUAUAUAUAUAACUGUGUGCCACCAAUCUGUGCCCUGGGUCCCUUUUGCAGGAGCCCAUUUCCUGCCCUUUGGCUUGGUGGGGGCGAGGGGAGCCAUCACCAGUGCCCAUCCAUCCCCCCUCCCCCAUGCAUUGCAGGGGGUGGACUAGAUGAGCCUUGGGGUCCCCUCUAAACUCUACGAUUGUAUGAUUCUAAAAGACGUCCCUGUCAAAAGCCGCCUGCCUGCAAUUCCCAGGGCUUGUUAAGUCAGGACAGACCCAGAAUGGAUCACUUAUUGACGAGGAGUAAAUGCUUUAUUUGAUUUGUGAGGGUAGCCAUGGCUCUCUUGAUUUGAGCGGAUGUGCAACUGGCACAACCGAUCCGAUGCAGAAAUGUGUGUGUGUGUGUGUGUGAGCGCUGCUGGUUGCUCUUUUGGCACUGCACUCAUCUGGCUCCAAGUUUGGUAUUUCAGAGGUCUCUUGAGGUGGGCAGUAAUCAGAGAGAAGUCUGCCAAAAGGCUCUGUGACUCUAAAGAGUGACGGCAUUUGAAAUAGUUGCCAGAGCAAAAUUCUGCCCAAGACUCUGUUUCCACAGGGAAGAAGAACGUAAGGAGGAGCCUUCUGGAGGCAGAGCCGAGCCAUCAUGGCUAGUAGAGCCUUAUCCUCCAACAAUAUGUCUAAAUCUCUUUUGAAGCCACCUAGAUCUCAGGUGGGUUUGUAUGGUAGAAUAUGGUCUUACAGGUAGCCUUGACCUAAGUCUAAAAGGGCUUUAUAACCAGCACUGUUGAAUUGUGCCCAGAAACAAUGGUGCUGUGCUAACAAGGGAGUGAUCUGCUCUCCAUAACCACUUCAAAAUACAAUCCAUUCGCUUACUUUUUAUAUUUUGAAUUUGAGUUUCUAUAUGGCUAGCCCCCUUGUGGAUUUCUUUUUAGAUCAGGUAGGAGGGAAAUAAAUGUUCUGGCAUGUGAAUGAAUGAAUGAAUGCCAGUGGGUGUGAUGCUUUCUACAGGUCCCUGCCCCCAAGGACUUUACAGUCUAGAAUUCAACACACAGUCAGCAAAAGUGGAAGAAGAGGGGAAGCAGAGGCACAGGUGAACUGGGCAAGAGGAUGCAUUAUUUUGAUCGCAGGUGCUUAGGUUACUUGCGGUGGGGAAUCAAGGACAGCUUCUGCAAGUUGAAAGGCUGCCAAGAAGCUGCUGCGGUGCUGGGCCAAGAAAUUUCAGACCACCUCCUCAGCUCUUCCUAAGCAGGUCCCUCCAUUUCGGACCCUACGCCCCAUCUACUGAAACCCACAGAAAUACUGCUACCCUCAGAAGUGGACCUCAAGACUCUCUCCAGCGAGCAGCGAGGGGCUGGGAGAGUAUUCCCUAUUAUUUAUUUAUUAUUAAAUUUCUAUCCCAUCCUUCAUCUGAGCACCACAGGGCAGUUUACAGUAUAAAAACACGAAAACACAUAACAUAGUAACAAAUAAAAACAAUAGCCUCACACAGCAUAAAAGGCCAUCGAUUGUUUAAUUAAUCAAAGUCUUGGGAGAAGAGAAAUGUUUUCACUUGGUGCCUAAUGAUAUGAAAUGAAGGUGACAGGCAAGUCUCCCCAUGGGAGAACAUUCCACAAGUGGGGAGCCACUGCAGAAAAGGCCCUCUCUCAUGUUGCCACAAUCCAGGCCUCUCGUGGAGGAGGCACAUGAACAAGGUUCUCAUGAUGAUCACAGGGUCUGGGUUGGUUCCUUAGGGCAGGCAUAGGCAAACUCGGCCCUCCAGAUGUUUUGAGACUACAAUUCCCAUCACCCCUGACCACUGGUCGUGUUAGCUAGGGAUGAUGGGAAUUGAAGUCCCCAAAUAUCUGGAGGGCCGAGAUUGCCUAUGUCUGUCCUAGGGGGAGAGGUGGUCCUUAAGGUAUUGCGGUCCUGAGCCGUUUAAGGGUUUACAGCCAGGUUGCUUCUGUGCUUACCGGCCCCCUGUAGAACAGCCUUUCACAAGCCUGCGGCCCUUCAGAUGUUUGUGAACUAUAACUCCCAUCAACCACAGCCAGCAUAGCCCAAUGGUCAGGGAUGAUGGGAGUGGUAGUUCAAAAUGUCUGGGAAGCACAAGAUUGGAGAAGGCUGCUCUAGAAGGAGCCAGCUACUCCAGAUGGUAACCCUUUAGAUGCCAGGUGCAGCUCUCAGAGAGUGUGGAAUGUCUUGAAGAACUCUCUAGGCUGGUCUGUAAAAGCUUAGCUGGUGCUCCAGGCUGGUGCUGAGGCAACUUGUCUCCUGCAUGGUUGCUGGCUGUGGUCCUGAAAGUGUGGUGAAAAUCUGUGGGCCAAUAUCUGCAGUGCUGUCCAUGGUGCUGAACCUGCCCCAGUCCAGAUUAGCACCAGCCUGGUCUUGUUCCCUCUCACCUGAGCCGUUGCCUCGCUGGGGUGAUGGAAUCCCCAAUGAAUAAUAGGAUCAGAGCAGACCUGGGAAAGACCCUGGGGAACUGGUGUUAGCUUGAGAGGGCAGGAUUGCACUUUUUAAUCCUGGUUGCCUCAUCUCAAAAAGGAAAUUGUAGAAUUGGAAAAAGGUUCAGAAAAGGGCCAUCAAAAUGACCAAUGAGCUGGAGCAACUCCCAUUCAUGAAAAAAGAUUGCAGCGUUUGGGACUUUUUAGUUUAGAGGAAAGGUGAGUAAGUGGAGACAUGAUAGGUGUUUCGAUAAUUAUGCAUGGCUUGGAGAAAGUAGAUAAAGAAACAUUUCCCUCCCACUCUGAUAACACAAUAAUUCAUUGGGCGUCCAACGAAGCUAGAUGUUGGAAGAUUCUGGACAGAUAGAAGAAAUGACUUCUUCACACAGUGCAUAGUUAAACUAUGGAACUCUCUCCCACAGGAUUAGCCAAAUCCAUAGCUCCUAGCAAUUGUGGCUCGGCUCUGCCUCCACAGUUGGAAGCAGCAAUGCUUUCAAAUACCAGUUGCCGGAAACCGCAGGAGGGGGGAGUGCUCUUGCGCUCAGAUCCUGCUUCCUGGUUUCCCUUUGGGGCAUCUGGUUGGCCAGGAUGCUGGACUAGAUGGACCAGGAGCCUGAUCCUGCAGGCUCUUCUUAUGGGCUAACAGCCUCACUUUGUGCAGGGGAGCUGCCUCUGCUCUGUACGCUUUCCCUAGUAGUGCAGAGCUGCAGCAGUGCCACAACUGAUUACCUUCUGAACACUGAGCCUCCUGGGAGUGUUCAAAUGUUGGCACUUUGCCAGCAGCAGGGGCCGAACCGCACCCCCCCCAGUCCCUGGAGAGGCCUAUUAACGGGAAUCGCUCCUCUGAACCGAAAGAGCCCACCUCCCCUUUCCUGCCCCAGCCAAAAUGCUCCGCAAACCUCUCGCCUGGCCCCUCUUGCUCUAAUUAUUAUUUUUUGUAAUUGCCAAUUCCCCAGUCACAAAAGGCAGCCCCGUACAGUGCCAGCCAGGGUAUGAAUUAUAUUUCUGGAGAGAGCGAAAGAUCCAUUAUUCACCAAAGAGGCAUAAUAAUUCCCCGGGUGCUCGCUUGAAUGCCGUGCACUUAAUCACCCGGGCAAGCUAUUUGGGGGCUCGAUGAUGCUUUGCCCCCACCUGGUGCCUGCGAUUCCAUUUCAAUUACACUAGGUGUGCAGACGUGUUUUGAACACAGAACACAGUAGCGAGGUCAAGGUGCCCCAGAGAUGCCUGAGGUUGCCUGCCUGCUUUUUUGAGCUUGCUCUUGAGCAACAGCUGGCUUCUCUGCUUUGGGGUUGUGCUGUUGGAGGGGAAAGGGGAGAGAACCACAAACCUACAGCUGUGCAACCUGUAAGGCACAGUUCCUGAACAAGCUGUUAAAAUGAAGGGAGGUGUGUGGAAACUCCACACAAUUGAAAUUCUGCCAGAGCUUAGGAUAAAAAAAUAAAAAUCAAUAAAUUCCAUUUCCAGUGCUAGACCUUAUCUUCAGAACAUGUGAACUCUUAAUGAGCCCCAGAGGAUGUGCAGAGUGCCUAUUGCUCACAGCACAGUGGUCCUAAGCAGUCCUCGCCAACAUAUUGAAUUGCAGGGCAAGGUGUCCUGCUCUAGGAGUCCCAGAGUCCCAGCAGAAAGGAUUUUUAGAGCAGGGAAGGAACAGGCUGUUCAGGGCAGAGGUAGCCAAUGGGAUGUUGUUGACUCUCAGCAGUCCCAGCAUGGCCAGCGGUCGGGGAUGGUGGGAGUUGGGAGUCUAGCAUCAUAUGGGAGGGGCGCCAUACUGGUUACCCCUGCUUAAGGCCUGCUGGUUAUAGAAUCUCAGAAUUGUAGAGUUGGAAGGGACCCCAAGUGUUAUCUAGUCCAACCCCUUGCAAUGGAGCAAUCACAGCUAACCAGCCCCCUGAUAUCAUAGCUAGUUAUGCUUACCAGUCCUUAAGAGGACUCACUAGGAAUGCUGCUUUUGCAGAGGCAGAAAUAAUAAUAAUAAUAAUAAUAAUAAUAAUAAUAAUAAUAAUUUAUUAUUUAUAUCCCGCUCAUUUGGCUGGGUUUCCCCAGCCACUGUGGGUGGCUUCCAACAGAAUAUUAAAAUACAAUAGUCUAUUAAACAUUAAAAGUUUCACUAAACAGGGCUGCCUUCAGAUGUCUUCUAAAAGUCUGGUAGUUGUUCUUCUCUUUGACAUCUGGUGGGAGGGCGUUCCACAGGGCAGGUGCCACUACCAAGAAGGCCCUCUGCCUGGUUCCCUGUAACUUGGCUUCUCACAGCGAGGGAACCACCAGAAGGCCCUCGGCACUGGACCUCAAUGUCCAGACAGAACGAUAGGGGUGGAGACGCUCCUUCAGGUAUACUGGACCGAGGUAUACUGGACACUGCCAUUUCCUUAGUCUUGAUAAUGAUGAUGGAGUCAUCAUCCAUGAUGAUUGACCUGUAUGUUUAAGACCCGGUUGAACAUGGUGUUGGUGGGUAAAUCUCUCCCAGCGGUGUCCAAAGUAUUUCUGUUCAAAGAGUCCUUAUGGUGGUAUCUUGCAAAUCCAUUUCCCAACUUUCUGUAACUGACUGCAGUGAUGAUGCAAACAAUAAAAAUUUCCAGGAAUCAAAGGAGGUUGACAUCACCGCUCCUCAGCAUCCUUUCACGCUGUGUAGAAUCCAUCAACUCCCUGAUUUUCCAGGGAACUUGAGACAAUAGAACAGCUGGAUGACAGCUGGAAUGAGGAUGGAAAGGAACAUGUGGCGAAAUGACCAAAGUGAUGGAGCAGCUCCCCUUGGAGGAGAAGUUGCAGCAUUUGGGACUAGAGCAUCCAGCCAAGCAGAAUGGCCCAUCUUGUCCAGCAUGCUCUUCUCAAAGUGGCCAACCAGAUGCCCCAGUGGGAAACCCUCAAGCAGGACCCAAGUACAAGAGCUCUUGCCUGCCCCGUGGCUUCCAGGAGCUGGUGUUCAGAAGCAUUGCCACUUCCAGCUGUGGAGGCAGAGAACAGCCACCAUGACUAGGAGCCGUCGACAGCCCUCUCUUCCAUGAAUUUGUCCGAUCCUCUUUUAAAGCCAUCUAGGGGACACAGGUGGCGCUGUGGUCUAAACCACAGAGCCUAGGGCUUGCUGAUCAGAAGGUCGGCGGUUCAAAUCCCCGCAACGGGGUGAGCUCCCGUUGCUCGGUCCCUGCUCCUGCCAACCUAGCAGUUCAAAAACACAUCAAAGUGCAAGUAGAUAAAUAGGUACCGCUCCGGCGGGAAGGUAAACAGCAUUUCCGUGCGCUGCUCUGGUUCACCAGAAGCGGCUUAGUCAUGCUGGCCGCAUGACCCGGAAGCUGUAUGCUGGCUCCCUUGGCCAAUAAAGCGAGAUGAGCGCCGCAACCCCAGAGUCAUCCAUGACUGGACCUAAUGGUCAGGGGUACCUUUACCUUUACCUUUACCUUUAGGUUGGUGGCCAUCAUGGUCUCCUGUGUGAGUGAGUUCCAUAGUUCAUGUGGUGCAUGAAGAGUUCCUUUAUCUUUCCUGAAUCUUCCAACAUUCAGCUGCUUCAAGGUUCAAUAGGAUUUUAGCCAAUCAGUCCAUCAGCUAAUCAUUGUCAUCCGGAGUAGCUUUUCUGGCCGGGGUUGAUUUAUUUAUUGCAUUUAAAGCCCACCUUUUUCUCCAAGGAGCUUGUGGUGUCAUACACGGCACUCUCCCUCUUCAAUUCAUUCCCACCACAACUCUGCGAGGUAGGCUAGGCUGAAAGGCUGUGACUGUCCCAAGGUCACCCGCUGGGCUUCGUGGCCAUGUGGAGAGAAAAGUGGGAUAUAAAUGCCAUUAAUAAUGGUGAUGAUGGUGGUGGUGGAUUGGGGCAAGGGAGAGUCGUCUUCUCCAGGUAGCGUUGAUAGAGUCAUAGAAUCGGUUGUCUAGUCCAACCCCCUGCAAUGAAGGAAUCUUUUGCCCAAUGUGGGGCUCAAACCUGUAACUCUUGAAGUUAAGAGCCUCGUGCUCUAUUGACUGAGCUAUACAGACAGUUCACUUGCAAGGCGUCUAUUUAAAGCCUGUGGUUCAUAGUCUCUCUUUUUAAACCCCGCCGGGUCUUUGCACCACCAGCACCACCCACUCUGCAGGGACAGCAUAAAUAAAUACGUGGGGUGCCUGCCAUUGUAAGUCUCGCUGCUACUUAAUGGAAGUGUUGCGGGGGGCGGUGUGGCGGCUGCGUUUUGCACCUGAACUGUAUGUAGCCCAAGAAAACUACCGGGCUAUAUUUAUCUCCUUGGUGUUAGAUGGGUUGCCAUGGCAGUCAACGAAGAGAGAGGUGUCAAUGUGGGGGGUUAGCAAAGGAAGCCUGCUGAAUUCCUCCACAGAGAUACCCAUGCACUCCACCCCCCCUCACACUGCAAGUCUGGGUUAUUUUUAGCCAGCUUCUCUCACAUCCGGCAGGUAGCUGAAUCCUUCCUCUCCCUCAUCCUGCUCAUCUCUGAGAUGGGAUGCUCCCCAAAAGUGGAUGUUCCACUGCUAGGCUAGAUGGUGAUGCUGUCCCAAGCAUUGCUGCAAGGAAGGGAAAUGGAUGUGAUAAGGAAAUAAAAAGAGAGUGCUGGAUCAGGCCACUGGCCCAUCUAGUCUAGCAACUCCAGGUACCUAUUUUGGGGAAACCCAGGAGCAGGACCCAAGCACAAGAGCACUCUCCCUUCCAGCAACAGGUGUCCAGCUGUGGAGGCAGAGCAUAGCCAUCACGUAUAAUAAUAAUAAUAAUAAUAAUAAUAAUAAUAAUAAUAAUAAUUUUUAUACCCCGCCCUCCUCGGCCAGAGCUGGACUAAGGGCGGCUAACACCAAUAAAAUCACAGUAAAAAACGUAAUAGGAGAAAAAGAAAAGAAAAGAAAAGAAAAAACAAUUUAAAAUACAGAUUAAAAUGCAAUUUAAAAUGCAGCCUCAUUUUAAAAGUAGCCGAUAAAUCAAGACCAUAAGGGGAGGGAAACAUAAGGGUCAGAAUAUGUCCAAACCAGCUGUGCCAGGUGGAACAGCUCUGUCUUGCAGGCCCUGCAGAAAGAUGUCAAGUCCCGCAGGGCCCUAGUCUCUUGUGACAGAGCGUUCCACCAAGUCGGGGCCAGUACUGAAAAGACCCUGGCCCUAGUUGAGACCAAUCUAACCACCUUGCGAUCUGGGACCUCCAAAAUGUUGUCAUUUGUGGACCUUAAGGUCCUCCACUAGGCAUCCCAGGAGCCGUCAACAGCCUUCUCCUCCAUGAAUUUGUCCACUCCUCUUUUAAAGCCAUCCAAGUUGGAGGCUGUCACUGACUCCUGCGGAAGAGAGUUCAGAACCAUGAGGACUAGCAUCCUACUUUAUUUUUAGGGGAGUGGCCAUAGCUCAGCAGUAGAGCGUCUGCUUUGCAUACAGAAGGGUCAAUCCCUGGCAUCUGGCAUCCUCUCCAUGUAGGGUUGGGAGAGACUUCCUGCUUUGAACCCCAGUCUGUGUUGACAGUGCUGGAGCAGUGGUCUGACGCAGUCUUAAACCAGUUCCUAGGAACCCUUCUGAGUUCUGCUGGUGCAGAAAUGAGAGUGCUUGAGUCUUCAAACAGUUGCUCAAACAAUGCGAGUUUUGCAAGAAAAGGAAUGCAGUCGAGGGUUGGGCUCACCAUGUUCAGGGUCAGCUGUGAGGCAGGAGAACUGAUAAUGGAGUUUGUCCUGAGGGCCAGCAUGGUGGAUUCCUCCAGGAACAGCAUAUGCCUUUUGACCCAGCCGGGUGAGCAGCUGGCUGUCUGCAGCAAACGGCCAAGCGCUCCCAGGAGGAAACAGCACCACUCCCUUUUCGCCCCCAGCCUUGCUCCUUAGGAAUCGUGCAGAGAAAAAAUGUAAAAUAAAUAGCAAAAGACAUAUUUCAUUAAGUCUUGCUUAGAGCUGCAGGAAGCUUUGCAGAUUAAAUAUUAAAUCGCACCCUGACAGAUAAUGUCACAUCCUGAAGGUCGAAGGAGCAUUUUUUCGUUUUUUAAAGCAAAAGAUGGAAAAGAAGUGGAAAAAUGUAAAUGUUAACAAAACAAAAAACCAGCUUCUUAAACUGGUGAGCAUAUACUGUGAGGAGGUGGUGAUAAUCUGCCUUAGAGCCAGUUCUUGACAGCCUUUCCCGCUUGUCUACUGCUCUGCUCUCAGCAUUCUGUCACACUCUAGUGUGACCAAGAAAAGGGUGGAGCUAGACAGAUGAAAGGGGGUGAUUGCUGUGUAGAGUGGGGCUGGCUGAGUUCUCCUUGGGUGGGAACUCAGGCCUGGGGUGGGGGUCAUGAAAGUCAGUGUGGUGUAGUGGUUAGAGCAUCAGGUUAGGACCUGAGUGAGAUCCGGGUUCAAAACUCAAGUCAGCCAUGAAGCUCACUGUGUGGCCUUGGGCCAGUCGCUGCCUCUCAGCCUCAUGUACCGUAUUUUUCGCUCCAUAAGACACACUUUUUUCCUCCUAUAAAGUAAGGGGAAAUGUGAGUGCGUCUUAUGGAGUGAAUGGUGCUGCGCAGAGAGGUAGAGCUGCGCAGCGCCCCUUCAGCGAAGCAGGAGGAGGAAUGGAGCCCCUUCUGUUCCUCCUCCCAUUUCACUGAAGGGGCGCUGUGCAGCUCUGCUUAUCUCCUUAUCCUUAUCUCCUUAUCUCCUUCCUGCAAAGGAGAGGCGCUGCGCAAAGAGAGAGAACUGCGCAGCGCCCCUUCAGCGACGCGCCUGUCCUGGCUUCUGCCUUAGCCUUUUCCAGGCAGGGGGGGCCUUCAUCCCGCUGCCCUGAAGAGGCUUGGCGCUGUUAUCCCAGAAGCCAGAUCCCUCUUGCUGUUCUGGCUUCUGGGAUUCAAAUUUUUUUUCUCUUGUUUUCCUCCCCCCAAAACUAGGUGUGUCUUAUCAUCUGGUGCGUCCUAUAGAGCAAAAAACACGGUGCCUUGCAGGGCUGUUGUGAGGAUUAAAUGGGGAGGGAGAGAACCAUGGGGAGCAUGACUUCCUCCAAACAGGGAGGCAGAGCAUAGCCAUCGUGGCUAGCAGCCAUUGGUAGCUUUCCCCUCCAUGAACUUGUCUUAUAAAGCCAUCCAAGUUGGCGGCCAGGUUGGGACAACUGUUCUGACUCAGCUCUUUAAGAGAGCCCUGCAGGAUCAGGCCAGUGGCCCAUCUAGUCCAGCAUCCUGUUCUCACAGUGUCAACCCAGAUGCCCCCAGGGAGAGACCAUCAAGCGGGACAGGAGGGCAACACCACUCUGCCCACCUGCGAUUCCCAGUAACUGCUGUCCAAGCUUUGCUUACUCAGUACCUUCUGGAAGAGUUAGAAUCAUAGAGUCAAGGAAGUGUAGAGUUGGAUGGGACCCCGGGAGUCAUCUAGUCCAACCCCCUGCAAUGCUGUUGUACGGGAAUGUUCCAGGCUGUUCUCUCACCUGUAGUCUGAACUGUUCUGACAUGUUAUUGAGAUGCCUCCCUGCAGUGGUCAUGGACCCCAACAGGAGUCCAAAAUAAUGUGCAUUUUGUCUGUUUGGGAGGUGCUUGGCAGCUGAUUUGGUUCACUUCUGAUCAUUCCUCCUUGACCGCCUUUGUUGAAGAUCCUCUGGAGCAGAAGUAUUUUCUCCCCCCCCCUUUUUUUUUUUUUUUGCUGCCAGACAGAAUAAUAAGUAGACCCUUUGAAGGCCCAAGCCAAGAUUGGGGAUUUGGAAGCGGAUCAGGACCAGGUUGCCAAAGCUCAAUGGAGGCAGCAUCGAGGGUGGAGAUUUCAGCAAAAUGCUAAAAAUGCAAAAAGCUGGAAUGCUAAGAGAGCAAGCUGUAAAGGUAGCUCAGGAGGAGGGGAGCCCCCAGCAGCCAGCACCCCUUAGUAAACGAGCUUUCCUCAUUUCUGCUGCUUCAAAGGUCUUUUUGCUAGCAGUGUGUUUGAUUUCAGAAGCAUGUACUUGAGGACCGUCAGCUGAUGAAUUGGGCCUUGCGCUGUGUACUGGGGGAGUGGGCAGCUAUGUGCAAAUGGGUUGACUCAGUGACCUGCGUAUUUGGAUGCUCCUUGGGGGCCAGGGCCAGGGCGGAGAAGGCUGCCAGGCUGAGCUGGUGCACUUCAGAAUUUAGCACUGUGAGUUAAACCACAGAGCUUAGGACUUGAUGAUCAGAAGGCUGGCGGUUCGAAUCCCCGCGACAGGGUGAGCUCCCAUUGCUCGGUCCCUGCUCCUGCCAACCUAGCAGUUCGAAAGCACAUCAAGUGCAAGUAGAUAAAUAGGUACCGCUCCGGCAGGAAGGUAAAAAUGGCGUUUCCGUGUGCUGCUCUGGUUCGCUAGAAGCGGGUUAGUCAUCCUGGCCACAUGACCCGGAAGCUGUACGCUGGCUCCCUCGGCCAAUAAAGCGAGAUGAGCGCUGCAACCCCAGAUUCGGCCACGACUGGACCCUUUACCUUUUACCUUUACUGUCUAGGCCGCAGGAAGGGGGCACUGGCUGUGGGGCAGAGCAUCUUGCUUGGCAAGGCCAAGAUCCCUGGUUUGGUCCCCAGCAUCUCCCAAUAAAAAAGGAGAGUAGAGGCUACUGGUGUGGAGGGACUAGUGGCUUGGCUCGAUAUAAGGGCAGCACACUCCAUUUCCAGCCACCAUGACUCCAAGCACUGGGCUGCCGGCUGCUAGCUGUCUAACAUGGGGGCAGUGGGCUUUGCAUCGUGCCUCAAAAACGUGGGUGCCCACAGUUCAGUGAAUCAGAGGUUGCUCCCCGGUUGGGAACAGUAUAUCUGUCUGGUGCUGUUGUUGCUGCUUUAUGCUAAUCUCAAGAGACCCCUCUGGGGGUUGAAAGGGGUUUAACAUAAGAACAUAAAAUGAGCCUCCUGGAUCGGGUCAAUGGCCCAUCUAGUCCAGCAUCCUGUUCUCACAGCAGCCACACAAAUGACCCCAUGGGAAACUUGCAAACAGGACCCAAGCACAGGAGCCCUCUCUCCUCCUGCGGUUUCCAGCAACUCGUAUUCGGAGGCAUUGAUGCCUCCAGCUAUGAAGUCAAAGCAAUAGUCCUCCUGGCUAGUAGCUAUUGAGAGCCUUCUGCUCCAUGAAUCUGCCUAAUCCUCUUUUGAAGCCAUCCUGAGUUGGUGGCCAUCACUGCCGUCUGUGGAAGUGAGUUCCACAGUUUCACUAUGCCUCCGAAUACCAGGAACCGCAGGAGGGGAGAGGGUUGUCGUGCCUGGGUCCACUGCAGGAACAAGAUGGUGGUCUAGAUGGGCUUAAUCCAGCCAGUUCUUCCUGUGUUUUGUUCCUUCUCUCUUUGAGCCUUGCAAUCCAGCAGGAUAUCAAUUUCACGCAAACCUUUUGCAUGUGGCGAUGCUCUCUUUGUUUUCUGAGCUGUCUCUUGUUUCCCUUCCAGAACCAUGAGCCAUAGGACCACCCCGGGCGCUGCUUCCCCGUCGGUCCUUGGGUGGGAUUCCCCCACUUCCCUGAUGCACCCUUGAUGGCCCCGGCCCGCUUGUAGGAUGCAUCUCUUCCCCUCCUUCUUCCUGGUACGUCAUCCUCACCUGGCCUCGCCAGAUGGCCACUACUCCUCCCUCCACCAUGGAUGAUGAGCAGACCUUGAACAGGAACGCCGUGGCUUGGCUGGUUUGCUCAGGGCUCUCUGUCCUGGCCAAUGCCUGGGGGAUCCUCAGUGUGAGCGCCAAGCAGAAGAAAUGGAAGCCCCUGGAGUUCCUCAUCUGCACGCUGGCCGGGACGCACAUCCUUAACAUUGCCAUUCCCAUCACCAUGUACUCGGUCGUCCAGCUCCGCCGCCAAAACUCUGACUACCAGUGGAGUGAGGGCCUCUGCAAAGUCUUCGUCUCCACCUUCUACACCUUGACACUGGUCACCUGCUUCUCAGUCACCUCCCUCUCCUAUCACCGGAUGUGGAUGGUCCGCUGGCCGGUGAACUACAGGCAAGUCCCGCCUCUGGAUGAGUCCCACAGUGGUCGCAGAAUCACAGAAUUGUGGAGUGGAAAGGAACCCCCCAAGGAUCUUCUGGUCCAACCCCUGCAGUGUAGGAAUUACAGCUAGAGAAGGGCUUUCACUAUGGAAGGUGCAGCAAGCUUGUCUUCUGCUGCUCCAGAGAGGAGGACCCAAACCAAUGGAUUCAAAUGACAAGGAAGGAGGUUCUGACUAUAAACAUUUGGAAGAGCUUUCUGAUGGCAAGAGUUGUUCAGCAGUGGAAUGGAAGACCUUGGAAGGUGGUGGACUCACCUUCACUGGAGGUUUUUAAACAGGUUGGAUGGGCAUCUGCCGCAAAAAAAGGUUUCCCAAACUUGGGUCUCCAGCUGCUUUUGGACUACAACUCCCAUCACCCACUGAUCCUGCUAGCUAGGGACGAUGGGAGUUGUAGUCCAUCAACAUCUGGAGACCCAGGCUUGGGAAACCUUGUGCCAGAGGUCCUUUUGCUGUGAUUCCUGCACUCCAGGGGGGUUGGACAAGAUGACCCUUGGUGUACCUUAGAGCUCUACAAUUCUAGGAUUGUAUGGUUGCCAUCGCCAAAUGGACUUGGGAUGAUCUGUUUCGCUUUCAGCCGAAAGGAUACAGAAAAUGUGGCUUUGUCCUAAGGGGAGGUGUCUUUUUUCCUCCCCUCUCUAGGUUAAGCAACACCAAGAAGCAAGCGGUCCACACCGUCAUGGGUAUCUGGAUGGUGUCCUUCAUCCUCUCCACGCUGCCGGCCGUGGGCUGGCACGACACCACGGAGCGCUUCUAUGCCGCGGACUGCCGCUUCAUCGUCACCGAGAUCGGCCUGGGCUUUGGCGUCUGCUUCCUGCUCCUGAUCAGCGGGAGUGUGGUCAUGGGUGUGGUCUGCGUGGCCAUCGCCCUCUUCCAGACUUUCUCCAUCCAGGCGGGCAACAACAUCGACAAGAACAAAUUCAACGUCCCCACCAUCGUGGUGGAGGAUGCUCAAGGCAAGAGGCGCUCGUCCAUUGAUGGCUCGGAACCCAUUAAGACUUCUUUGCAGAUCACCUAUCUGAUCGCAGGGAUCGUUUUCAUCUACGACUUCCUCAUGGGCUUUCCUAUACUGGUGAGUGUGGUUGCAAUUGCUGGUGGUACUAAGUUGUCCAGGGUCUCUGCAACAGAAAGGGCUUGCAAAGAGCUCUUUCCAAACCAAGUGAAAGGGCAGGAAAAUGGCAAAUGCAAUCCCAUGUAAACAAGUGUAAACUGAUGCACGUUGGAGCAAAAAAAAUCUUACCUUUACCUAUACGUUCUGAACUGGCGGUGAUGGACUAGGCAUGAGACGGUGGCGUAGUAAAUAGCUGAAUGAAAAUGUCAACCCAGUGUGCAGUGGCUGUGAAAAAGGCAAAUUCCCCACUAUGCAGCAUUAGGAAAGGAAUUGAAAAUAAAACAGCCAGUAUUAAUAAUGUAUACAAUGAAUACAGCAUACAAUUCCAGAGCGCCACCGUGUUUGGAAUGCCGUGCACAGUUCUGGUUGCCUUGCCUCAAAGAGGAAAAGGUUCAGGAAAGGGGAGCCAGAAUGAUCAAGGAGAAAGGAAAUGUAGUUUUUAAAGGUGCUGAGAGUUGUGAGGAGAGCCCUAUAUCCCCCUCACCUACAGUGGUACCUCAGGUUAAGAACUGAAUUCAUUCUGGAGGUCCGUUCUUAACCUGAAACUGUUCUUAACCUGAGGUACCACUUUAGCUAAUGGGGCCUCCCGCUACCACUGUGCUGCUGCCGCAAAAUUUCUGUUCUCAUCCUGAAGCAAAGUUCUUAACCCAAGAUACUAUUUCUGGGUUAGCGGAAUCUGUAACCUGAAGCUUCUGUAACCUGAAGUGUCUGAAACCCGAGGUACCACUGUACCUACAAUUCCCAGGUGUUUUAAUGAUCAAUCUCUCAUCACAGGGGACUUUGGGAAUUGUAGUUCAGUAAGGGGAGUGGGGCUCUCCUCAUAACUCUCAGCAGCCUCAGCAAACUACACUACACAGGAUGCUUUGGGGAAAGCCCUGACUGUUUACAGUGGUAUGAUGCAGGUUUAAUGUACAGUGCAGAUGGGGAGUGGGAGAGAGAGAGAGACUUCCAGGUGUUCUUGGUCUCCCAACACUCAUCAACUUUGGCUGUCAUCCUUAACUAUCAUCUGGAAGGCACUAACAUCUGGAAGGCACUAGGUUGGGGAAUGUUGAGCAUUCCCCACAGAUGAUAUUGUCUGACUCCCCCAAGGCAGGAGGAGCCUCCUCUAAGGGCAUCAGGCGGAGCAACCUGGUGUGACAGAUCAAUAGGCUGAUGCCCAGAACAGGCUGACAUGUAAGAAAUGCAAAAAUUGUUACGAUACUUCCCCCUCGGCUAAAGAACCCGAGUUUUCAAACAUAACAGGUCCCCUGAUGGCUCUUGCCAGUGCCAACAAGGGACAUGUGUGCAUCCCUCUCUGGAAACCAGGGUACGUUUCAGGCACAUCUACCCUAGUUAGCAAGCUGCAGUCACUCCAUGGGCUUUCAUUCCCUCCCUUACUUGAUAAAGCAAGCCCUAGGAGCACGCCUUUGUUGCACGUGGUUCCUCCUCCACUCCCUUGGAAAGCAGCCUGCCUGCCAAGACUGGAUUCCAAGCCUCCUACAGUCCCCCUUCCCAGGACCUCACUGCAGCCCACUGAGACGGCUCCGGCUAAACAUAGCCGCUGCUGCCUCGCCAUCAGCUGGAAAUCAAGAAAAGGCAUCUCGGAGGCUGGAGCCCAACGAGGAGAAGCCUUACGUUCCGGUGCCCCAUGUCCUGGUUUGUUCUUAUCUCUCUGGCAUCGCGCCCAAUGCCUGCCUGCUGUUCCAAGGAUUUCUAAUCACUUUCCAGAACAAUAAGCAGCGUCUUCCAGCUCUCCCAAUUAAUGCAGAUGAAUCGUUUUAUUAGAGGAUGGUUGCCAGUCAAGGUGAAGGCAGAGAAGCUCUAUGUAUGAUUCCUGUGGAAAUCAGGAGCAUGCAAGGGGAAUUUGAACAAACAAUGGCAGGAAGAAGCAUGUAGCCAAGCAUGCAAGUCCUUUCCAUGGAAGGUCAGUGGCAGAUCAAAGUCCAGUGAAUCAAUAUUGAGAUAGGCUGAUCAGGGCAGAGCUGGUUUUCCCCCUGUGUGGGGCCAGCCAAUCAUCACUUCAGAGUUGGAAAGGGUCCCAAGGACGGGGGAAAGCCCCCCCCAUAACACUAGAACUCGUUGCCGUCCAGUGAAGCUCAGUGUUGGAAAAUCCAAGACAGAUCAAAUAAAGGACUUAUUCACGCAGUGUGCAGUUAAACUAUGGAACUCCCUCCUGCAGUAGGCAAUGAGGACCACCAACGUGGAUGGCUUUAAAAGAGAAUCGGACAAAUUCAUGGCUAUCACUGGCUACUAGCCAUGAUGGCUCUGCUCUGCCGCCACAUUUGGGUGCAACGAUGCUUCUGAAUACCAGUUGCUGGCAGCUCCAGGAGGGCAGAGGGUGUUCUUGCACUUCGGUCCUGCUUGCUGGUUUCCCACUGGGGCACCUGGUCGGCCAAGGUGGGGACAGGAUGCUGGACCAGGUGGGCCAUUGGCCUGAUCCAGCAGGCUCUUUCUCAUGUUGUUAUGUAAACUCAACAUAGGCAGAUGAGUUCCUAUCAGCCACUGGGAUUCUUUUUCCUUUUGUCUCUGCCAGUGUUCAUUUGAGUAACCCACUAGAUGGCAGAAGCCCAAUCCGUAACAUAGAUGGGAGUGAGUUGGAGGCUGGCUAAACAGUGGCUUGCUAAGCCCCACACUGGGCUAUGCCCAGAUUUGAAGAUCCACAGCAUCUUGGCUUCUUAGCCAAGAAGCCACACUCCCUCUCCUUGUUUGGAAAGCAAAGGGAAAGUCACUGACAUAAAACAGAGAGAACCCAAUGUGCGUCUACUUUAUUUCUUGGUGCCCAAACUGGUUCCCAACUAAGUAACUAGCUACCUUCCUCCCUAACUGAUCUCUGAUGCUUUUUAAAAGAGGGUUAAACCUUACAGGAUUGGCAGGAUUUUAGCAGCCAGGGUGGUGAGGCUGGACAGCAACAGAAUUUCUUUUCAGAUUGCUCGUUCCCUGGAGGCCAGGAGGGAGGGGGAAAGGAUGUACAGUUUGAGCGGGUGGAAGGAACUCUGUGUUCCUUUGAUGUGUGCGUUGGUAAAGGUGCUGGGCCUCAAGGGAAGAACUGGGGUGGGAGAAUCUCUGCUGCAUUUUACACCCUAAAAGACAGAGUGAAAUUCAGCAGAUCACUCCUUUUUCAUCUCUAAAACUCUUACAAUUGCGGAUGACAGUGCUGUCCACCCUCAAGCAGUCAGCCUGCUCUGAGGUCAGGAUGGAGAGAGGGAGGGGAGGCGUCGCAGCCAGCUUGGGCUGCCAUUGGCUUAGCUGCUCCGAUGUCAUGGAAGAGCUCUCUUGGCUUGGGCAUCACGGUGAAGGGAGCAUUGCUGAGAUGUUAACCUUAAGGGGGUCUCUGAGCAAACAUUACUAAGUGGAAUGUUUGCAGGUUUUGUCUCCUUAUCCUGAUCUUGGGCUUUCAAAAGAGACUUUGUGAAUCAGUUGAGUGGAACGGGGCCUAGCAAUGGAAAUGGAUAGAGGACUCUUCCUGUGAGUAGAUGUGAUAUCUGAGCCAUCAGGGGUUCGUCUUAGUCAAUGGAGAACAAACCCUGCCUUUUUAAAGAGUCCUCUUUGACUGUGAAAUCUUUCUGAGCUUGCUGUUGUUAUUAGACUACAAUGGUACCUUGGGUUACAUACGCUUCAGGUUACAGACUCUGCUAACCCAGAAAUAUUACCUGGGGUUAAGAACUUUGCUUCAGGAUGAGAACAGAAAUCAUGCUCUGGCGGCGCGGCAGCGGCAGGAGGCCCCAUUAGCUAAAAUGGUGCUUCAGGUUAAUAACAGUUUCAGGUUAAGAACGGACCUCCGGAAUGAAUUAAGUACUUAACCCAAGGUACCACUGUACUAGGGACUGCUGUCUCUGUUCCCUUGUUGGCUCCCAUCAGCAGUCUGGCUGCAGCAUUCUGGACCAACUGAAGCUCUCUUCUCAAUGGCAUCCCCACAUUGAGCGUGUUAGAGUAGUCCACAGUAGGGUUAGGCUGAGAGAGAGACAGAGAUUAGGCUAAAGUCACCCAGUGAAACUUCUGGUGGGAUGGGGAUUUGAACCGGAAUUCCACACCUCUCCAGCAAUCUAACCACUAUGCCAUACUCCCUGCGCCCACAUGGCUGCAAAAUUUGCAAAUGUAUGGCAGCUUCAGCAGGAGGGUGGGUAGGAUGUGUCUGGCUGGGUAGUGGGGGCUGUUCUUCUUGGAAGCAUCAUUCUGUAGCUCUUCCUUCCUCCAUUCCUUUUCGUUUAUAAAAAUGGAAAUGAGGUUCUCCUCCUUCCCACUCACCCGCCCCCAAACCGAAAUCCUCCCUCAUGUACUUCAAGCCUGAUUCACCGCCACGGCUCUGUUCUGCUGAGAGACAUUACGCACUCAAUUUAUAAAGAUCAAAUUAAGUUAAUUUGAAUUUGGCUUGCACUGGGGGUGUUAAUGAAACAUUGAUUAACAGUGGGGGAAACCUCUGUUUUCUAGCCUUGAUUGAUAUAAAUGUCCACGUGUUCCGGUUUUGGCUCCCCUCCCAUCUACCCUCACCAUCCUCACCCUUCUGGCCCCCAAUUUAAAUUCAAAGAUGCUAUUAAUUGGAUGGCUUUGCAUUGGACAGGCUGAAUGUCCGUGCAGCGAUUUUGAGUCUCCAGACAGGGCUGAGGCUGGCAAUGUGCUCCACUGGGGAAAGAAAAGGCUUUUUGCAGCUAGACUUCGAUGCUAAAUGAUGGAAUGAGUCCCUUCCCUUUUGGAAUAAAUAAAAAAUAAAAUAAUAUGAAUCUAAAUGCCUUCCUUAUGCAUUGUGUCACCACCACAUACCUGUGUCUCAGUUAAGACUGUAAGCUCUUUGGGGCAGGAACCUUUCCCCUGGAUCUCAGAAUUCUGCCCAGGCCACGCCCCCUUACUGACCACGCCCUCUUUGACUGCUUCUGCCUAGCUGGGAAAGGACCACAGCUCAGUAGCAAAGCCAUCUGCAUUGCACGCAGAAGUUCCCAACUCCAAUUCCCAGCUCCACAGAAAAAGUUGGGAGAGAAUAUCUGCCUGCAGUCUUAGAAGGAACCUGCCAGUCUGUGUAGGCUAUGCUGGACAAGAUCAACUCAACAGACUCCAUGUGUGAUGCCUCUUGCUUGUUUGGAUGGAGAAGAGAGAGGUUUGCUCCUGUGUAGAAACCUAUUUCCUUUUGUAGAGCAGGAAGGUACACACCUUUGCACAGGAUGUGCCUUCUGUACAAAGGGAAGAGUCGCGUCUCUCAUGGCACUGGGACUUGUGAACAUCCGAUGAAGCUGCAAGAUCCAGGACAGGUGACAGAAAGUCCUUCUUUGUUAAGCAAUGCUCCCACAGGAGGCAGGGUUGACCACCCACUUGGAUGACAGAUUUAUGGAGGAGGAGGUGGCUAUCCAUGACUACUAGCCAUAAUGGGCUAUGCUUUGCCUCCACGGUCAGAAGCAGUCAUGCUCCUGAACACCAGCUGCUGGAAACCACAGGAGGAGAAAGGCAUCUGGUUGGCCACACUGAGAACAGGAUACUGGACUAGAUAGGCCUUCCAAGUUGGCCUGAUCCAGCAGAAACCUCCUUAUCUUGCUAUGCCAAUGUGCUCAGUCAUCUACUGCCUUCUCUCACGUUUCCUCUUGAAACCGUCACUAGAUGCAGGCUGUUCUGGACCUCCACCAUCAGCUUGCACUCUGCUUAAGAUCAUAAGAAGAGCCUGCUGGAUCAGGCGAAUGGCCCGAUCCAGUCCAGUCCAGCCUCCAAAGGGAAACCAGCAAGAGCACCCUCUCCCCUCCAGUGGUUUCCAGCAGCUGGUUUUCAGAAGCAUUGUUGCAUCUAACUUAGGCAGAACAUAGUAGCCAUCAACUCCCCCAUGAAUUUGUCUUAUUCUCUCUUAAAACCACCACUGCCUCCUGUGGGAGUGAGUGCUGCAGUUCAGCUAUGCGCUGCGUGAAGGACUUCUAAAAAAACAAAACAAACCUAUACUUGUACCCUUCCUAUUUUCUGUGAAACUCAAGUCAGGGUCUGUGGGGGUCCCAGGCAGGCAGGCAGGCAGGCACCCAUCCAAGCCCUGACCAGCCUGAGACCAGCUUAGCUUCCACAGUGCAGCUGCAUUAGAUACCCCACCAGCCAAUGUGCCCACCGUGAGAGUCUUGAGGGCCUUUUAGGAGCCCCUACUGACAUCCCUGGUACCUUGUCCUGCAGGUGGUGAGCUUUGCCAGCUUGAAGUCAGACGUGGCCUACAACUGGAUGAUCCUCUGCGUCCUCUGGUGCUCGGUCGUCCAGUCCCUCCUGCUCCCGCUUUUCCUCUGGGCUUGUGACCGCUACCGAGCUGACAUCAAGUCCGUCUGGGAGAAGUGUGUGGCCGUCAUGUCCAAUGAUGAUGUGGGGGAAGGUGAGUGGUGAUUGUUUUUUGUGGGGGGAGUCCCCCACAUUCUGGAGGUAGGGCAUUUGGGCAGUCCAGUCCAGUCCUGGGCACUGUGUCCUUCCUACGUGAACGGAGGACAGCGUCUUGGCUGAACCUCAGUCCUCUUCAGUUGCAAGGCAGGUGUUUGGGAGCAGUAGGAAAUGAUGAACAAGACCAGGAAGAAACCAAGGCAGCCAGCAAAUGCAUUCCAUGUGCCCCUCCUGGCCCAAGUGAAUUGUAGAAUUGGAAGGGACCCAAAGGGUGAGUUAAUCCAACUCCCUGCAGUGCAGUUAUAUCUGUCCGCAUUCAUCCCUGCCCUCCAGCAUAGUCUAUCUGUUAAUAUCGUAGUGAGCAUUCAGGUGGAAUGCUGACUCUACCUACCCUUCCAUGUAUUCCCCAUAACGUGUUUGCGGAAUUUAUAUAUUUCACUUGGGUGUAAAAACCAAGACCUCAGAGUGGUUUACGAAAAGGAAGAAAGCAAUAGGAAUUACCAUUGAAAACAGUUUUAAAAAGGCAGCAGCUACUUAAAACAUUCAGAAAAGAAUGAAAACCGGCAAUAAAAAAAAUUGGAUCGGAGCGCAUACCAACAUCCUAUAUAACUGGACAGGCCUGUUUUUAGCAGGUGCCGGAAAGAGUCUGGCGAAGGAGACUGCCUGAUACCAAUAGGUAGGGAGUUCCAAAGUCCUGCCACACAAUGUGAAAGAGGAGAAACUUCCCGCUUACAUCCCCCCCAAAGGAAACCCCCUCCCCCCAAAAAAGAAAUUAGAGAGGUGGGCUUUGACAUCUUGGAGGAGUGGGUCCAGCAUGGCUGUGACCCCGACCCCUUCAUCCAAAGUUCUUAGCAGUGGACCCCACCCCACCCUUUUUAAUGCAGCUUUGCUUCCUCUGGGACUGCAGAAAACAGCCUGGACGGGGUGAUCCAUACAGACCUGAUGUACGAGCGGCCCUACGAUUACAACUUUGCUGGGGACGCCCUGACCUUGGACCACAUUGCCAAAUACGACCUCUCGGCCCUGGAGAGGGGCAUCCCCCAAGCCUACCCUACAAAGCCUCCCCCAGAGGACAAGAUGCAGUAUCUGCAGGUAAGCGGGGGGGGGGGAAUACAGGUAGCUGCCUUAAAAUACCGAGUCAGAUCACUCGCCCACCUAGAUCAGUAACACCUCCACUGACUGGCAGCAGGUCUCCUGGUUUUUGGACAGGGAAUCUUUUCCAGCUUUACUGGGUCCUUCUGAAUGGGAAGCAGGUGCUCAACCACUGAGCUGCAGAGGGUUUGAGUUGCAUCCCAGUGAACAGGAGAAGUAAAAAGUGUAACUGCUUUCUACCACCUACCAGGGAGGAGAAUGGGCAUAAGGUAAUCAUAAUUGUCAAGUUGGGAGGGACACCCCAAAGGUCAUGUAGUCCAACUCGCUAUAAUGCAGGGAUCACAGCUAAUGUAAUGGCACUUCUGUGUUCUUUAGCAGUGACGGUGCUGCUCUUCCCCUCCUUCCACUCCACACAAGGCCCAUUCCUCCCCUCCAGCUGCUUUUCGCUUUCAGCUGUCUUAAAAAACCAUGCGUCCAUCUCUAAGUCCCAGUUCCCAUCUACCAAGUCCUGUCAACUGUGGAUGGUGUGAAAAGAAACUCAGAAACAUUAGAGGUGUUACGUUGCAGCUUACUUAUCAUGGAUUGAGACUGCUCGGUCCUGGAGUUAAGUUCCAUUCACCUACUUCAGAGGAGGGACCUCAAGGGUCAUCUAGUCCAACCCCAGCAAUGCAGGAAUCUUUUUCCCAAUGUGGGGCUCAAACCCGCAACCCUGAGAUUAAGAGUCUCAUGCUCUACCGACUGAGAGAUGUACAGUUCCCAGAAUUCUCUGGGGGGAGGACAUGACUGUUAAAAGCGGAAUAAUGGUUCAAAUGUGUUGUCUUGCACAGCUCCAGGAACUCAAAGCACCUGCCAGAGAAAUUGUGGAACAGGGGUGGCUAACCUGUGGGUGCUCCAGGGUCAUAUAAAGCGUUGUGAUACUACUUAGAACAGUCAUGGCUUCCCCCGAAGAAUUCUGGAAAGGGUAGUUUGUAAAAGGUGCUGAGAGCUGUUAGGAGGCCCCUUGCAUUCUUCUCGAAGAACUACAAUUCCCAGAGUUGUGAAACAACCACAAGGAGUUGUAGCUCUGUGAGGAGAACAAACAAACGAACAACUCUCUGCCCUGUUCCCAGAAUUCCUUGGGAGAAGCCAUGACUGUUCUAAGUGGUAUCACAGUGCUUCAAUGGGAUGGUGUGAAUGUGCCCUUUGAGGGCCCUUGACCCGGGCGCAGAGGCAGCAAUUACUCUGAAGCUUCUCCGUUCCUCCUCCCACAGGUCCCCCCCACCCGGCGCUUCUCCCACGAUGAAACGGACAUUUGGACGACCAGCCAGAUCUCGGCCUACCUCCAGCACUGGGGGGCCAGCGGGGACAUGGCCGCCAGCCUGGCCCAGCUCCUCCUCCCACGGGGGCAUGGCUACGAGCGCCGGAGGAGCAGCAGCAGCCUCCUGUCCUAUCAAGAGGAAGGGCAGCACCCACACCGCAGGCGCCGGAAGUCCGCCGAGAGCACCUUGUCCCUCAGGCCCUUCCCUCCGGAAGACUACUACAAGGGCGGCGGCGGUGGCGGCGGUGGGGGGCCUGGAGGCUACAAGUGCUUCAGCAAGGAGGAAGGGGUGAACUUCAUUGACACCAGCCCCCUGCCCAGCCCCAGGAAGGGCCCUCUGCGCUCUGCGUCCGUCUCCCUCAUCCCGGACACGUUCCGCCACUGCUCGGCCAACCUCGCCAACUUCCCCUUGACCACUUUCGAGCGGGAACCUCAGGGCUUGCGGCGCCUCUCGGCCCAAGGCCGGGGGUGCUCCCUGACAGUCCCAGGCCCUUUCCUGGCCCAGGAGGAUACCAAGAACUUCUUCCCUAAAGGCAGCGCCGGCUCCCCGUGCCUGGAGCAGAUCCGCAUCCAGCUGUACGAAGCUCCUGAGGAACGCCCAGCCAGCAGCUGCUGCUCCGAGCCAGAGGGCUUCCGGACAGGCCUCAGCCCCUCCUGGGGGGGCCAGGAGGAGCUCCGGAAGGGUGGAAGCAAGGGCAGCACCAGCAGCUUCCUGAGCACGCCCUCAGCCUCCUCUGGGUACGCCACGUACCACUCGGAUUCCAUGGGUUCAAGCUCCUAGAAGCAUAAAGCACCGGAAGCCACUGGCGGGUCCCGUUCAGUUUUCUCUUUUUCUCGGGAAAAGUCUUCUCCUCUUCGUGGUCCAGGCUUUUGUUGUUUAUUUAAAGAGGACUGGGCACAGCACCAAAGAAACCAAAACUCCAGCCUCUCUUGCGUGUUUUGCAAAAAAGCAGGAGGAUGGAGGAGAAGGAGGAGGGCGGCCAGGACGAUUUGAGGACUCGGGAGCUGCAGCGGAGCAGCUUGGAGACCCAUGUCCCUCUUGGCUGAACCAGACCUCGCCAGCAGAAGGGCGGUGGGGUGCACUUUCCCCUUUCCCUCUUCCUUCCUUACUUCCAGCUGCAGCCGCUAGCUGGGCCCGAUCAGGAAUUUUCCAUUUUUUUAAUAAUCCCGUGUCCCGCACCUGGUACUUUCUAAGACAAUGUAAAGUUGUGCAUGAGUUUUCUGUAUCAAAUGACCCUGCGAUGCGUCCCCUGGAUGAGGCUGUUGACGAAAGCUACGGGCUUGCAAGAGGGUGGGGGUGGGGGGCUCACCGAUUUCUCGGAGGGGGCUGUUGGCAGGGUGGCAAAGCAGUCUGUGUUCCCCUUUCCUCCAUCAGCCCUGGUUUGCAGGACAAGAGCUCUGUGUUUGUGUUCCAUUUGUCCAUGAUAUCACUGCACAAGCAAAGGGUUUGAGGCAGGUGCAAAGUUCUGUGCUGAUAUGCCCCAUCCCCUGAGCCGUAGGGUAUUGCAGGAUGAGGCCCCUGUGGAAUCUAGCCUAGCAGCUGAUAGGCAAGGAGAGAGAAGAAACUGUUGGUUAAACUGGCUGCUGGGACUUGGAGUCCAACAAUAUUAGGCUGGAAUAAGGGUUUAGUCUAUGUUGGCAUUUGGGGCUUUCUUCCCUCUUUUCCUGGGACUCAGGCAGCAGCUUCUGACAUACACAUUUGGCCCACAGGAUGGAGAUUUCGCCACCACCACCUUUCCAGUGCCAAAGCCCUGCCACCCACACCAUGGGUUGAUUUGCUGCCUCUGGUCUGAUCUGAAGCAGCAUAUUGCAGGUAGAAACUGUGCUUUAUGAUUCUAGGGUCAUCUAAUCCAACCCCCUGCAAUGGGCGUUUCUCCAGGGGCGAAAAAGCACGACAGGCACAGCGUUAAGGGCCAAAGCUGCAACCCAUCCUCCUGUUCUCUCCUGAGCCCCAGGAACACCUAGUGAUAUUUUUUUUUAAGACAAAAUCAUGGCAUCGCUGCAGCGCCCCUGCUGUGUGGCCAGGAGCACCACUUGCAUGCAUCAUUCAAAUUGUAGUGUUGCACCUGGGGCUACGGUUUUCAGCCUGCUUGAUCGGAAAAUGAUGGGAUGAGAUCGUCACCUUUCUGAUUUUUCUGUAUGUAGGGUGGCAUGUCUUUGGUACUGGCGGGGAAGGAAUCCUUUCUAGCCCUUGGGCUGGAUCCUUAUCUCCCCAUCCCAGGUGGGCCAAAUUUGACUGGUGGAAGCGGCUGCCCACCUGCCAAUCACCUGACAUCAUUAUGCCACUGUGCUUUGAAGGCCCAGUUGGUUGUCGGGACUUCAAAGUGAAGCACAGGGCUGUUUGAAAACCCCUUUGUAAACAGCCCCAUGCUGCUCUUUGAACCUGAAAAUCAGCUGGUGGGAAGUGGAGAUUCAUCUGGCCCCAGCAGCAAAAAUAAACCCCCAAGAGUUCACUCCCAGUUAUUUAUUUGAAAGCACAUUAUGUGAUGGCAGGGUGGGGAGACUGGGCCUCUCUUUCAGG